UUCUGUUGACUCUUCACUCUCCUUGUCCUCGGCGCUUCGUCCAACUGCAGUAAGGCCGCGGGCUCGCGGCCAAUCCUUCCGCCACCGGCCGGCGAGGCCGCACCCUCCCGUGCAUGUCAUCCACGGGCGCCGCGCGUCCUAUGGUAGAGACUCGGCGCUCAGCGCGGAGGAGCGGCAGCGGUGCGCUCCCGGCCGACGGAGCGCCGUCCGAGCCGGCCUCCGACCUUUCAGGGAAGAAUAAUGGCUUGGUUAUCUCUGAUGACAACACACUGAAGCAGACUGUGGAGGUAGGAAAACAGGAGAGGCAAGGUAAGGAGGUUUUAGUAGUUGAGGAACUGGAUGAGUUGAAUGAGGAUUCGGGGUCACUGGAUGAGCCACCGGGUUGGCUUCCUGAUGGUUGGAUUAUGGAGGUCUGUCAAGAAGUCAAUGGCUCCAUCUACCAGUACUACACUUCCCCAAUGUCCGGAUACACAUUCACAUCAAAGAUGGAUACGUUGCAUUAUCUUUUCUCAGGGGUGGAAGAACGUACAUUGGAGUUGCAGGCAAGCGUUGAGGACAACGAGCUUCAUAAGUCACAUACAUGGCUUCCGCGUGGGUGGGUGAUUGAAGUCAGAGCUGGUGGGAAGAAAAUGGACAAAAUGUACAAGUUCUAUGUUCACCUACCUACUAGGAAGCGAUUCUUGUCAAAAGCAGAAGUAUUGCACUUUGUCAAUAAGGGCAUGGUUUCUACAUGUGAUAUGGAUGUGCUUUGCGACACUAGCACUGAUGAUAAUAUACUUGCUCAGGUGGAGUUCAGUCCUGAUGGUUUACCAGAUGGAUGGGUGAAAGAAACAAUAUUUAGAAAGUGCAAUGAUGGAAUCAGAAAAGACCCGUAUUAUACAGAUCCUGUUAGUCGCCGUGUAUUUCGCACGCUUAAGUCUGUAUUGAGCUACCUUGGAACUGGAGAAAUAUCUAAGCAUUCCUAUUUACCAAGGAGAAAUGUCAUUGACAUGUAUUCGUUUGACAAGUGUGCAGAUCUGCCUAAAAGCAUGCUGAAAAGACUGAAAGCAGAAGGACAAACAAAGAAAAAAUUCAUGAGAGCACUGGUUCUAGACAAGGAAUUAUCUAAUGGGCAGACUUCAAAUCACUCUGAAGGUGCUAUUGGGCUAACUCAAUCUGACCCGGAAGGAGAUAAGUUUGGAUCUGUGGAAGCGACAUGGGAAAAGGGAAUCAGUUCAGAGACUAUGAAACGACGAAGAGGGAGGCCAAAGAAAAUCUUGAAGCAAACAAAUGAUAGCAUUUCAGAUCGUGACAAGGGGGAGCACAUUGAGGCCAAAGAGGAUGUAGAUAUCAGUGGCGGGAAAGACUUGAGGAAUGUGAAGACUUCGGAGCAUACCGAGACGCAGAAUAGCAUGAUGAUAAUCAAGGAAGUAAACAACAACAACACAGCAGAAAAUAAACUGUCAAAGACAGUGGGAGACAAAUCGGAUUUGGUAACCGGCAUGGCUUUGCACAAACAAGAGAAUGUCAGAUUAACUGAAGUUAGUGAGAAGGCAACAUUCUCCACAGUUCACAAAUUUUACAAGAGGAGAAAUUGCAACCAGACACUCGGUUCAAGAAAAAGAUAAAUUCGAUCAAGUUACCUGGUGAGUUUAUGGCUCGUCCCCAAAAGGAUGGAUCAUACUUCUUUAGGGAACAAAAAUGGACCAAAGUUGAUUUGUGUCCAGCUUUUUUUUUGUUUCAUUAUUCCCUUUUGCAUGCUUUUAUUCGAUGUAAGGGGUGUCUAGUGGAAGUAAUCCAUUUGAUUCUUGUAUCAUUGAAUUAAUACUGCUUGUAGAAAGCAGGAUUUUAACACUUGAUAGCAGGAGCAUCAAAAGAAAUCAAAUGGAAGAAGUUCCCAUUGACCUGAGAGGCUGGACAUAAAUGCCGUCAAUGAGCAUAUUGUAAGGAUUAA